CAGAGAGACAGAGCCAAUCACAGUUUCGUCUGGCUAUUGACAAAACAACAUCUCAGCGUUAAUUUGCUCACAAAAAGAGAAAUCCACGGAAAAGAUCUUCUCAGAUGCAAAGGCCCUUCACAGGCAUCUGAUUGCCUGAGCUUAGGUUAUUUAUUCUGUACCCAGAGAUCAAGGAUGAAAAGACCCUCCACUUGCAUUACUGGCCUAAGUGGAUACUCACCAGCUGGCCGUGUCCAUCAUUACAGCCAAGACUGAGAAUUCCUGAUUCUACUUAGAGCCCGUGGAGCUGCUGACACCAACAGUCAUUAGCGGACAACCCUAGUGUAACAAACUCUGCUUUAAAAUGUAAACUGUGGGGCAUUUUCCUUGCGUUGUCCAGAAGGAAAUUUCUCCUGCUUGAGCCUGGAUUAACCAUGAGAGAGCUCGUCAACAUUCCACUGGUACAUAUUCUCACCCUGGUUGCCUUCAGCGGGACUGAGAAACUUCCAAAAGCUCCUGUCAUCACCACUCCUCUUGAAACUGUGGAUGCCUUAGUGGAAGAAGUGGCUACUUUCAUGUGUGCAGUGGAAUCCUAUCCUCAGCCUGAGAUUUCCUGGACCAGAAAUAAAAUUCUCAUCAAGCUCUUUGACACACGCUACAGCAUCCGGGAGAACGGGCAGCUCCUCACCAUCCUGAGUGUGGAGGACAGCGAUGAUGGCAUUUACUGCUGCGUGGCCAACAACGGCGUGGGAGGAGCUGCUGAGAGCUGCGGGGCCCUGCAAGUGAAGAUGAAACCUAAAAUAACUCGUCCUCCCAUAAAUGUAAAAAUAAUAGAGGGAUUAAAGGCAGUUCUACCGUGUACUACAAUGGGCAAUCCCAAGCCAUCCGUAUCCUGGAUCAAGGGGGACAGUGCUCUCAGGGAAAAUUCCCGUGUGGCCGUUCUUGAAUCUGGGAGUUUAAGGAUUCAUAAUGUGCAAAAGGAGGACGCAGGACAGUAUCGAUGUGUGGCAAAAAACAGCCUCGGGACCGCGUAUUCCAAACUGGUGAAGCUGGAAGUCGAGGUUUUUGCCAGAAUCCUGCGGGCUCCUGAAUCCCACAAUGUCUCCUUUGGCUCCUUUGUGACCCUGCGCUGUACAGCAACAGGCAUCCCUGUCCCCACUAUCAGCUGGAUUGAAAAUGGAAAUGCUGUUUCUUCUGGGUCCAUUCAAGAGAGUGUGAAAGACCGAGUGAUUGACUCGCGGCUGCAGCUGUUUAUCACCAAGCCAGGUCUCUACACAUGCAUAGCUACCAAUAGACACGGAGAGAAAUUCAGUACAGCGAAGGCUGCUGCCACCAUCAGUGUAUCAGAAUGGAGUAAACCACAGAAAGAUUACAAAGGCUACUGCGCCCAGUACAGAGGGGAGGUGUGCAAUGCAGUCCUGGCAAAAGAUGCUCUUGUGUUUUUCAACACCUCCUACGCGGACCCCGAGGAAGCCCAGGAGCUACUGGUUCACACAGCCUGGAAUGAACUGAAAGCCAUGAGCCCACUCUGCCGGCCGGCUGCAGAGGCUCUGCUGUGCAGCCACGUUUUCCCAGAGUGCAGCCCUGGGGGAAUGCCUACUCCCACCCCCAUUUGCAGAGAGUACUGCUUGGCAGUAAAGGAGCUCUUCUGUGCAAAAGAAUGGCUGAUGAUGGAAGAAAAGACCCACAGAGGACUCUACAGAUCUGGGAUGCAUCUGCUCUCCGUGCCAGACUGCAGCAAGCUUCCCAGCAUGCACUGGGAUCCCAAGGCCUGUACCAGACUGCCAUAUUUAGAUUUUAAAAAAGAAAACCUAACAACAUUCCCACCAAUGACGUCCUCAAAGCCGAGUGUGGACAUUCCCAAUUUGCCUUCUUCCUCAUCUUCUUCCUUCUCUGUCUCACCUACGUACUCCAUGACUGUAAUAAUCUCCAUCAUGUCCAGUUUUGCAGUAUUUGUGCUUCUUACAAUAACUACUCUUUAUUGCUGCCGAAGAAGAAAAGAAUGGAAAAAUAAGAAAAGAGAAGCAGCAGCAGUGACCCUCACCACACUACCUUCUGAGCUCCUCCUAGACAGGCUGCAUCCUAACCCCAUGUACCAGAGGAUGCCACUCCUUCUGAAUCCCAAAUUGCUCAGCCUGGAGUAUCCAAGGAAUAACAUUGAAUAUGUGAGAGAUAUUGGAGAGGGAGCAUUUGGAAGGGUCUUUCAAGCAAGGGCUCCUGGCUUACUUCCCUACGAACCUUUCACUAUGGUGGCAGUAAAGAUGCUCAAAGAAGAAGCCUCAGCGGAUAUGCAGGCAGACUUUCAGAGGGAGGCCGCUCUCAUGGCAGAAUUCGACAACCCCAACAUCGUGAAACUCUUAGGUGUGUGUGCUAUUGGGAAGCCUAUGUGCCUGCUCUUUGAAUACAUGGCCUACGGUGACCUCAACGAGUUCCUCCGCAGCAUGUCCCCUCACACUGUCUGCAGCCUCAGUCACAGUGACCUGUCCACGAGGGCUCAGGUCUCCAGUCCAGGACCCCCACCCCUCUCCUGCACUGAGCAGCUUUGCAUUGCCCGGCAGGUAGCAGCCGGCAUGGCUUACCUCUCCGAGCGCAAGUUUGUCCACCGGGAUUUAGCCACCAGGAACUGCCUGGUAGGUGAGAACAUGGUGGUGAAAAUCGCAGAUUUUGGCCUCUCCAGGAACAUCUACUCAGCAGACUACUACAAAGCUAAUGAGAACGAUGCUAUCCCUAUCCGUUGGAUGCCACCAGAGUCCAUUUUCUACAACCGCUACACCACAGAGUCAGAUGUGUGGGCCUACGGUGUGGUCCUCUGGGAGAUCUUCUCCUAUGGCCUGCAGCCCUACUAUGGGAUGGCCCACGAGGAGGUCAUCUACUAUGUGCGGGAUGGCCACAUCCUCUCCUGCCCUGAGAACUGCCCCCUGGAGCUGUACAAUCUCAUGCGUCUGUGUUGGAGCAAGCUGCCUGCAGACAGGCCCAGUUUCCCCAGCAUCCACCGAAUUCUGGAACGCAUGUGUGAGAGGGCAGAGGGAACAGUGGGAGUGUAAGGCUGAAGGUUCUCAGAUGAAAUGCUGCAGUCUCUGUCAGACUCAGUGAGCCAGAGGAAUGCUACAGCAGAGGCCCACCAGGCCCAGACGGGAAAGGGUAACAGUAGACAUCCCUUGCCUCUUGUUUCCCAGAGGGGGGAAAAAUGACAGCACAGAACCCCUAGAUGGACAGAACCAUUGGAAUUGAUGAUUGGAAACAUAGGCUAGGAAAUGUGUCAGAUAACAGGAGAGAGCUCCUCUUCCUCAUGGGAAAAGUUUGUGUCACACGUUGUACAGCAAAGAGUAUCAUCGAAUUCAGUUCCUGAGUUAGCUGGCAGCAGAGGAAGACUCUAUUGUAUUAAUUUUUAUAGGAAGUGGGAUUCAGAGCUUCAUUUUUGAUAGAGUUGAUUCCUGUCCAUUGUAAUAGUAGUGUGAUUUCACGUGAUACAUCAGGUCAAGUUCAGAAAUUGAAAAAGCAGGAGAAACCACUUUUUUUUUUACCUUCAAAAGACAGGCUCUAGGUUUUGGUUGAAUUUCUUUUUUUGCACUUAAUGCAUAGUUUUAUAUUUGUCUGUAUUCUAGAGUUGUGCUUCUACUUUAUUGUCAGAGAGUUUCUAAGGAAUAAAAUGACAAACCAGCAAGGCUCUAUUCUUACUGUUAUUCUUAGUUCCUUUUUCUAUCUUGGCUCCUCUAGUGCUAAGAUUUUCCUUAGUGUGCAUUUGUCAUGAAUAUAUAAUCUGCUUAUUUUAUUUCUACAUAUUUUUUUCCUGAAAAAAAAUGGCAAUUUAUCACUCUUCUUUUUUCUUUGAAAACUUAAUUACUUUGCUUUAACCUUUAUCUUCUUCCUCUUUCUGAGCCUCUCUGUACUUUUUUGGUUAUUUAUCUGCUUUUUUUCUCCUUUAUUUCAUACAUACAAUAAGCACCUAGAAGAAAUAAUAAUAUUAAAAACACAUAUUUUAUAUAUACUGGUACAUACACAUCUUUAAAAAAUUAUUAUCUAUUUCUUCUAUUUGUGCCUUUGAAGUCACACAUUUCAAACUUUGUUUCCACUAUCUAUUAAAUCUCUCAAACCAUGAUGUAUGAUAUGGGGUGUUACAAUAUGUUCUUGUGGCUCCAAGUUAUUUCAAAACUGAUGUUUUUGUGCAUUCUUCUUAUAGAAACCAAUUCAACUGUUCAUAGCAUAGAGUUACUUCCUAUGUUUAUGCACAGCAUAUUCACCUAUCUUGCUGUAUGUUAUUUUGUUUUUUUAACAAAAACUUCUGGAACUUAGAUUUCUGAUGCUUCUCAGUGGAGCCCCACAUAAUAUAUAUUUAUCUAAGUCCAACAAAAAAUGUAAGAGUUUAUUUCUGAGACAGCAUGAACACCAGUUCUCCUAAAAUAAGCAAAUAGGGAACAGAAAAGAGCAGUCUGCUCCAUACCUGCUUGCUUUAUUUCAAACUAAUUGGUAGUUUGGGAAAGGAAGAAAUGAUCUGAAUUUUUUUUUUAUAUUCAUUUUUUUUAGUUGUAGUUGGACACAAUGCCUUUAUUUUAUUUAUUUUUAUGUGGUGCAGUGGAGAUAUCCAUGGUGUAUUUUAAAUUGUUCACAUAUGGGUCGUGUAUACUUGGCAAAUUUCAGAGUUGUCUUUGUGUUUGCUUGGAUGAUAAAGGUUUAUUGUAGUGUCAGGGAAGUCAGGCCACUAGAAAAAGCUAAAUUCCGGAAAAGCAGGGCAAGGCAGUCAUUCAGAGCAGCUACCACAAAGCUUGGCUCCAGGUAUCCCACUGCCUUUCAGAACCAGGUUUCCACAGCCCCAGGCCUGUUCUGCCACUGUGAGCUGUUCUCUGCUCCCUCCUCUCUUCCUGAAUCCCUGCUCUUUCUGCCUGUCUCUUCCUCUUGGCUUCUACAGCCUCAUGGAUUCUCUAUCUUUGGGGUUUUCAAGAUUCCAAGGCAAAAGAAUCAUAGAAAUAUAGGUAAGUACAGAGGUGAGCAAGCAAGCAAAUAUUAUAAAAGUCACUCAAUUUUAUUAAAUAUUUAAAGCAACUGAAAACUAAUAGUUAGGUCUCCCAUUUACCCCAAUAUAGUAAUAGUACUAAUAAAAAUUAUCAUAUCAGCUAGUGUAUAUUGAGAGCUUACCAUGUAUACUCUAAGGCCUUCAAAUACACUAAUUUAAACGUCAUAACAUCCCUGUGAUGUAGGCACUAUCUUUAGACCCAUUUUUUUAGAUGAAGAAGGGGGCACAGAGACAGUUUGUAACUGGAACAGAGCAAUAGAGCCCAGUGCAUCAUCCAAAAAGGACAAGUGCUCACCCACCACGUGGCCAUGCUUCCAUAGGUUUGAGAGGAAAUAGCUGAACUUAGGUGACUUUAGGGGUGACUUCUAAUCUGCAGGUUGUUCCAAAGUCCAUGCUCUACCUUUCAUUUUAUUCAUUCCCUAUCCAAGUCUUUGUAAUGACCAGCCCCCCCAAAAGUAUUUCAGCAUUGCAAAUUUAAAUUAAUCAAGACGUCCAAUAGAUGAAAUAGUUAUGGGUUUUUUUUCUGAAUUCUCAUUGCAUUUUCAAGUUAAGAUCCUUGGUCUAUGUCCAUAGUGCUCAUACUAAUGUUCUGUAUGGCAGGAAUGUUGGGUAGAAUGUGGUAGAAUCAUCAUAUAAAUUCAAAAACGGAGAUGAGAGAAAGGCACAGAGCUACUGUUACCAAGUGCCAGGACAGACAUCAGUAAGGCAUCCACAAAUGUUUUAAGAUGGUCUAGUAUCAUGCCGGGCACAGAGGCACACGCCCAUAAUCCCAGAGGCAGGAGGAUUGCGAUUUCAAAGAUAGCCUCAGUAAAGGCGAAGUGCGCUAAGCAACUCAGUGAACCUUGACUCUAAAUAAAAUACAAAAUAGGGCUGGGGAUGUGGCUUAGUGGUCGAGUGCCCCUGAGUUCAAUUCUCAGUACCGCCCCCGCCCCCGCAAAUGAUCUAAUAUCAAAUGUGGCAAGAGUAUAAAUUUUAAAAAAAAGAGUAUAAAUCAUUUGGUACAUGACAUCAAAAAUACAUCCUCCAGUAUUAAAAUGGAACAGAAAAAGAACAAUUUCAUUUCACUUUCCAGUGUAUUAUGAACCUGUCCCAUAACAUUAAAUUUUAUUUAAAAAAUCCCAUUUAAUCUUUGAGUACUAGUCCAUUUUGAGGCUAGACCAUAAUUUAAUCAAUAUAUUUGAACACACAAUAUAUUUCCAAUUUUCACUGUUAUGAAAAAUAUUGUAAUGCUCAUCCAUAUUUAUGCAUGUCCGUAACUAUAUCUCUAUAGAAAUUCCGAGAAAGGAAAUGUCCAGGCCACAUAGCGAGCACUAUAUUAUACUUUCAUUAUGCCUUGUUAUGCUCUCUAGAAAUAUUGUUUUCAUUUCUAAUUAUACAAGAGAGCUCAGAGCCCUAAACAUUGGCUGCCAUAGAGAAUUAAUACUCUCUUUUUUACAAAUCUUUUGUCUAUUUGGGCAUAAAUAAAGAGGAUCUCAUUUUAAUUUUAGCUUUCAAAUUACUAGUGGGGUUUCCUUAUUCUCAGGUCAUUUGUAGUGUUUAUUCUGGUAAUUACCUAUAACCCAUUUUUUGGUACUCAUUUUCUAAUUCAAAUGUAAAGCUACUUUUAUAAAAAAGCAUAUUACCCUUUUGGUAUAUACAGAAGAGAGAAAAUAUAUACAUUUUUACCUUAAAUAAUAUUUGCUUUUAUCUUGUAAAAGCAAUAAUUGUUUAUCUUGGAAAAAUAUUCGAUAGUAUUAGAAUAAGAAUAUAUUAUGCAUAAUAAUAAUAAUCAACCAUAAUAAAAAUGAAAAAACACCAUCUGAUGGUUAUUAACAUUAGCAUCAUGAUAAAUAGUCUUAUAGACUUUUUAAGGUAGGUAGAUAGGUAGGUAGGUAACUAAAUAGAUAAUUUUAAACAAAAACAAAACUUAUUGUUUCAAGCUUUGUAUUUAUCACUUAAUGUAUCUUAAACAUACUCUAUACCCAUAAAUGUUAUGCAUUUUUAGUGGUUGAAUGUUAUUCUAUUUUAUAGAUUUAUCAUAAUUUAUGUAACUAUUAUUUAUAUUUUUGCAUAUUUGGUAAUUUAUAUUUUUCACUUAUAAAUGUAACAUUUCAAUAAUUAAUCUUGUUGCUAAAUUUCUAGAUUAAUGGGUAUAUAUACUUUUAAUGCUUUUUAAUAAAUUGGAAAUUACUUUUCUUAUUUUAUCAAUGUAUAGAUCUUCUAUCCAGAUAAGAGGUCCCAAUUCUUUCAACCUCACCAAUGUCAAGUAUAUUAGCAUUUUAAUCAUUGUCAAUGCAAUAGCUUAAAUUUUUGUAUUUAGUAAUUUACUUUUCUUUAAAUACUGAUGAUGUUGAACACUUUUAAAUGUUUUGAGGACAAGUGAUUUGUCAUUUGUCUCCUACUGUAUUUUUCUAUUCAGUAUAUCUUUUUCUUGUUGCUUUGUAAAAGUACUUCAUAUACUAAGGAGUUAAAUUUUGCUCUACAUGUUUAAACCACAUUUAUCAUGUUAAAAUGUAUAAACUGGAUGUCCCUUUGUCUUUUACUCUGUUUUUAUUAACCAGGAAUUUUGAGUCUAUUUAGAUGAUAAUGCUGAAUUUUCAGUCUAUUUAGAUGAUAAUGGUUUCUUCCCUAACCGAUAUGUUUACAUGCACAAUUGUAUGAGUUGAUUUCCUAAAAUUGAGAUAUCCUUGUAUUCCUGCAAUAUACUAUCUUUGCGUGUUUCACAUCAAUCUUAUAUUUAACUACCAAAUCUGACUUAUUAACACUUAUUUGUGCCAAUAUUUGCAAGUUCAUAAAAUUAAAAGUUUAUCAUUUUCUUCUCUAUUAGCCUUA